AGUUGACAACAGCAGAAUUGGAUCUUUCCUUGUGAGUCCGACAAAAUCAGGCUGAUUUCAUCUCGUCGCACCGCACUUGCAGACGUCAUGUCGCUUGGCUACCAACGCAUGAAGAUGCGUGCGACCACCGUCGUGGUGGACCACAUGCGCAGCUUCUGUGACGGCUGCAACGUCGUCCUCAACACUGUCGCACGCCCUUUCAGGAUGGUAGCCAGCCGCAUUCAAUCCGAGGCACCGUGGGUGGUCGCAGUCGGUGCCUCCACCUUCAUCACUCUCGUCCCUCUCGUCAGCUACCCUCUUAUUAAGAAGUACGUUAUGCCGGACGAGCGCGGAGCGGCGGAGGCGGAGCGGGUGCGGUUGUGCCUGCAGAAAGGCAUCGACCCAUACCCGUACAUGCGGUACAAGGACUACGUGUACGGCAACAAUGCCCCUGUUAUGGCCACCGCGGAACAAAUGCCGAAGCGGGCUGGGUGGGAGUAUGAUGCACUGAACGAGUUCCUCCGUCGGAAGGAGGAGCUGCGCAAGGAAGUGAACGGCAACGUGGAUGACACGGUGCAGAGGUUGAUGGAGCUGAAGAAGCAGCAAGCCGCGUUCUACAAGUCGAAGCGCGGUCACUUCGUCGUGGAGCCGCCAGAUCUCAUCUUUCACGGCCGUGAGGACGUAGAUCAAGUGAGGUCGUAA